AUGGCCAACGAAACAUUGUCUGGAUACUGUCCGACUCCUUUCCUCCAGGAGUCAUUGUUCCCAUCGAAAGGUGGAUGUACGCUAUCCCUUGCUAGUUCAUUGAUGGACGGUUUUGUGAGGAGCUUACUACAGAGCAUGGCAAGGUUUCUUGCUGUCUGCCCUGUCCAUUGGCAGAAUGGACCUAUGGCGAAAUUGGCUUGGUGUCGCUACAUUGCCCCUGUGCAUCUUCCUCCUGGUAUCAUUCGCCGUGCUGCCUCCGAAAUGGACGCAUCGUCAUUAUCUGAGCAUUUGCUUCACCCUGGGAAUCUGCUGUAUGGAGGUGGGUCGAUUGCAAUCGUGAAUCAACUGGCCUGUAUUCUGACUCAACCCCAGAUCGCCUUCAUCAUCCCGCUAGGAGUCAAGCCAGAGCAAUGCUACAACCAUAUCACCCCCAAUGACAUGCAUACCGAUCUGUCGUGUGCCUGGACCGGAGCCCUCCUCCUCCUCGGGGGCUGGGUAUGCGUCACAUUUAGCUUCAUCCGCACACUCGCCUUCCACCUCCAAGUCUGCUGGGAAAUCAUGCUCGGUCCGAAAUUCAUGUGGACCGCACUCAUCCUAGGCUGGGGUAUCCCGGCCGUCGGCCUGACCGAGAUGCUAAUCCUCACGGGGGUAUCCUACCGCUUCGGCACCGUCUGCCACAUCAACGUCCACGACAGCAACAAGGACUACUGGGCGCCUGUCGUCGCCUUCGGCGGAGCAUCCCUCUUCCUCCAAUUCGCCACCCUCGUCUACUGCAUCUACGUCUACGUCAAAUCCCUCUACGACGAGGAAACCUCCACCACCAGCUCCGGUCUCCCCUCCUACUCCGCCAGCGUCCGCACCGUCACUGCCCGUCAAGCCUACCGCCGCAUCCGCCGUGUCCUACAACUCCAAUGGCGCGGCGUCGCCCUAGUCCUCGUCAUCCUCACCAACGUCAUCUUCUUCGCCGUCGUCUUCAUCAAAAUGGAUAACCAUCUUACCAGCACCGUCGCUAAUAUGAAACUCGCCACCCCCUGGCUCACCUGUCUCGUCGAAACUCAAGGCAACAUCCAGAAAUGCGCCAGUGAAGCUGAAGCCAUCGUCCCGAACAAAGCUACCCUCCUCGCUGUCCUUAUUCUUCUCGCGACGGUCGGCUUCUGGAACUUCGUUCUCUACGCCCGUCCCUCUAUCUUCGCCGGCUGGGCCGAGUUCUUCAGAGCCCGCGUUACUCCGCCUCAUGAGUUCGUCUCCGUUGAUGCGCGCAGGACGCCAGAUCCUCGCGCCUACGAGAUGAUCUCGGGCUCCAGUCUACCUCCGUAUAAGACCCCUGAACCGGUUGUGCGGUCCCCGAGUCCCGCACGGACGAUGGGCGCCCGUAGUCCGGAGGCGACGGGAGGACAGCACUAUGGUCGUGAGGCUCGCUAUGUACGGCCUUCGAUGAGUUUCUCGUCCCCGAGACCGCCUAGUGCGACGCAGGGUGGCCCGGAGCGCGAAUGGGAUCCCGAGUCUACGUUUGCUAAGAGCCAUUCACAGAAGGGGUCCAUAUGA